CGAAGUUGAAGUUGGAGUUAUUUGAACUUUUAAAGUGAUUUAUUUUAAGAAUAUUAAAAUAGAAAAGCUAAGAUGACCACUGUUCAGAGACGACUGGCAUCUUAUAUUCUGAGGGAGCAUUUUGGAGAUAUUGUAGAGACUGUAGGGUCUUAUCUGGUACAAAAAGGUGCUCGUUCUCUUAGAGAAAUCAUUUUCGACACAAAACUGAAGAAAGAACAGGUACAAAAGGCCCUAUGUUCACUGGUCCAACACAAGCUUGUCGUGCAUGAAGAAAAAAAGAAAAACGUUCUUCUCUACAGCUUGGAAAUUGAAAAGAUUCUUCUUUAUCUACGCUUCCCUCGAUUUGUGAUGGCUGCAAAAAGCCUUUUUGAUGAUACAGGGAAGCUUAUUAUUGAAGAAAUAAUCAAGCAUGGAGCAAUACCUAUGAGUGUUAUAGUGGAUAAUGUUGUGGAACAAUUUAAAUGUGCAGGUUUAAAUUCUACUGAGAGUGAUGUUAGAAAGGUGUUUUCAAAUCUGGUCGAAGGACAUUAUCUUUAUCGGUUGUCUCAAGAUAGUCAGGGAGAGGAAGGGAGUGAUGAGAAGAUGUUUGUUCUUCCUCCUGAAACAAGUGGAAAGAGAAAAAGAAGCAAUGACUCUGAUCAACCAGCAAAAAGACUUAAAACUGGUGAUGGAAGAUCUAGCCAAGAUUCAUAUGAGAUAGCAGACCAAGGUAUUCGUUGGAGUAUUAACUACAAAAGGUUUCAUCAACUGUUCUUAGAACAGGAAAUAAUAUCUGCUGUUGAGAAAAAGUUUGAUUCGGUUGCUGCUGAGAUUGUGAGGACAAUGUUCAAGACAGAUGAGUUAUCCAGAGAUAUUCAAGCUGUUACAACAAAACCAAUAACAUUUUAUGAGAUUGCCAAGAGUUUACCAAAAAACUGCAGAAUAGAAAAUUCUAGGAUCAGCCAGUACUUGUCUCUGAUGAUUGAUGACCGGGACAAGUUGGUGAGGAAACAAGAUGAAAGUGGUGGUGGUACAUACGUCAUUGAUAUGAAGAACUGUGUAACAACAUUGUGUCAACACACUCUCCAGUCCAUCUUACAGGAGAGGUAUGGCUCAAAUGCUUUAAGGAUAUUUCGACUUCUUCUACAAAAAGACCAUCUGGAACAAAAGCAGAUUGGUGAACUCUCCAUGAUCCCAUCCAAGGAUGCAAAGGAGUUGCUGUACAAAUUGUUCAGUGAAAAGAUCAUAAACAUGCAGGAGGUGCCUAAAACAGCAGACUAUGCGCCGUCACGUACGUUUUACCUGUUUUCUGUUAAUCUCAAACAACUUUCUCGGAUGCAUCUGGAACGGUGCUAUCAGACUCAAGGGAAUUUGAUGAGUAGGCGGCAGAGCGAGACGCAAGAUAACAGGCGUCUGUUAGAGAAGCAAGAAAGAAUGGAUGCCACUAUUGCCGGCCUGAGGGCUCAGCAUGGAGAAGAGGCAGCAGCUGAAGCAGUCAGUGAACUGGAAGAGCUUAUCACAGAAGCUGAUAAAGAACAACUAAAAAAACUGAAAGUCACACUCGAUAAGCUCCAGCAAGCUGAAUUACAAGUGGAUGAGACAGCUUUCAUCUUAUCUCAGUACAUCACGAAUUACUGACCUCAAAGGCCUGCAAGUAACUUGUAAGUCUCGUAUAUCUAUGUACUUUAAAUAUAAUGAAAAGCAGGGCUAAACUGGAACAUAUUGCGAGAGAAUCAGUGUCUGUUUUUCCCUUCAAAGAAAUACUGGAAAACCGACAUCGAUGAAGACUGGUUUUAUUGCUGACCAAGAAUUAGUUACGGUAUACGAUUUGUGUAUUCUGGGUUCAGAAAUCUGGAUGGUGUCUGAAAAAAAAAAACAAUUUCAUGUCAAGUCUGUCUUCGUCGUAUUGUAUGGAUGCGGUGUCUCUCAUCUGCGAGGAUAAGCGCCAAAUUAUGUUGUGCUUGAAGUGAUAACUUUGUGAAAUUAUAUGAUAUCGGUCUCUGUGAUGUCCUCUUGAGUUAAGACACUUUAGUUGUUAUAAGUGCUUCUUUGGAAAACUAAUUGUAGGUGAACGAAAUCUAGACCAACGUAAAGUAAAGAAGUUAAUACAAGCCGUGAUAUCAUAAGAAACCCAA